GCGAUCUUCCAACAACAUGGAAGUUAUCGGAGUGUUUUUCUCGUUUAAACUUUUCAAUAUUAACCAAAAACUACUGAUAUUUAAAGAAAGAUGAAAGCUUCAAAUCUACUCUCAGGGGCUGCUAAAGCCGCAUCCUAUAAUAUUAUUCUUCAGCUAAGCACUAGGAUUUUGACAUUUAUAUUGAAUGCCUUCAUUCUUCACUACAUCUCUCGGGACAUGCUGGGCGUCGUCAAUGUCAGACUAACUCUGCUGUACAGCACUGGUAUAUUUAUUUCACGGGAAGCGUUCAACCGAGCCUGUUUGAGUCAUGCAGGGAAAACUUCGUGGACACAAGUCAUUAAUUUGUUGUGGCUUACUGUUCCUUGUGCUGCUAUUGCUAGCACUGUCUUGGGUGCAAUAUGGCUCCACCUACUUCAAAGACCCGAUCCCCUAAUUGUGCCUCACUACAGUAUAGGAGUAUUUGCCUUUGCUGCAUCAACAGUCAUUGAGGUAAUUGCUCAACCUCUCUGGGUGAUUACACAAGCGUUUAUGUUUGUCAAACUUAAGGUGUUAAUGGAAGGCCUGCUUCUCAUUGUUAAAGCUGCCAUAACGAUGUUCCUCGUUAUCUAUAAACCACAUUUAGGACUCAUUAUAUUUUCAUUAGCUCAGGUGGUUUCCAUGAUGGUCUACGUGGGAGCAUUUUAUGUCUUCUUUAUAUUUUACAUUCAACGACGGAAAGAAAACAAAGAUUUUCCAUUGAAAACAUUCAGAGAUUUUUUCCCAAAAUUUCUUCAGAACCAGCCCUUUAUUAACAAAGACUUGACCAGUUUGACAUGGAGCUUCAUGAAGCAAUCUUUCCUGAAACAGAUUCUUACAGAAGGUGAGAAAUAUGUUAUGACUCUUUUCCAAGUGCUCUCUUUUGCUGAUCAAGGAAUCUAUGACAUCAUUCAUAAUCUUGGUUCACUGGCACCGAGGUUUCUCUUUUGCCCCAUAGAAGAGAGCAGUUACCUGUUUUUUUCUCAGCUGCUGUUCCGUGGUAAAACUCUGAAGCAACAAACAAAGGAAUCUGCAAGAAUGGCAGCAACUGUAUUAAGAAUCCUCUUGACUGGAGUGACUCUUAUAGGGCUGACUAUCUUGGUGUUUGGUUAUUCGUAUUCUUUCCUUGCAUUGGACAUGUAUGGAGGUCCAAUGCUCAGCUCAUCAUUAGGUCCGGUUCUUCUUCGCUGGUAUACCGUUUAUGUCUCAAUCAUUGCUGUGAAUGGUGUCUCAGAAUCCUUUGUGUUUGCUGUAAUGAGCAAAAAAGAAGUCGAUCGGUACAACAAUAUGAUGUUGAUAUUUUCCGUUUCUUUCUUGAGUGCCUCUUGGAUCUUCACCCAUUAUCUUGGCAGCAUUGGUUUCAUCCUGGCCAAUUGUCUUAACAUGUUUCUUCGGAUUCUACACAGUGCCAUGUUUAUUUGGAAAUAUUUCCAAAACGGUUCCAUCCAACCUCUUCAUGCCUUGUUAAUUCGACCUCUCAUCUUGAUUGGUUUCAGUAUAUCGUUCUGUUUUACCUUUCUGUCAGAGACUUUAUUCUGUUGUGACAAAGGCCCCGUGUAUCGGUUGGUUCAUGUUGUCAUUGGUGCCACCUGUCUACUUGCCAAUCUAUUAACCGUUAUCAUAUUAGAGAAAGACUCCAUCAAUUUUAUCUGGCAACAGUAUAAAUCACAGACAAAGGAACCAGAGUCCAAAUUAGAUGAAAAGAAAACAAGAUAGCAAUCAAAAUUCAAGUAAAUUCAGAAGCAAAAUGGAAAUCUCAACUAACAACAUCAAAGACACGAAUUUAUUUUUCUGUAAUAAAAUUCAAAAUAACUAA